AUGAAGUGUAUCCGAGCGCUGGCUGUGUUUGCCGCCGCCCUGGCCAUGGGCGUGUAUGCGGACGACGAUCCGGCCUACUACUGUGACUCGGACUCGUACUGCGAGAAGAACUACCCGGGUACGGCAUGUAUCUCCGUUAAUAACUACGGUGACGUGGUUUCCAAGUGCACACCCAACACUGCCAAGCGUCCAGCAUGUCGUGGCGCGACACCUGGUCUGUGUCCGUCGUUCCAAAGCGCCGACAUUGGCUACUUGAACGCUCACUGUGUGUUCGUGUCGGAGGAGAACUUAUCGCUAUCCUCCAGCGGCUCAGGCUCUGGCCGUCGACGCCUAAUGGGCGCAGCCUCGAACGCUUCCUCGGCUGCUGCCAGCGGUAGCGCUGCAGCGUCGUCCACUACUUCGUCUGGCUCAGCGGAAGCCGCUAAGUCUACGGAAUCAUCAGCGGAAGCUAGCGGCAGUGAGGACUCGACUGCCACCGAAAGCGGCAGUGGCGCCAGUGCCAUGUACUCUGUCACAAUUGACGGAGAGAAGGUGAGCGGCCAAUUUGUCUGCUUGGACGUAUCGGACUGCGCCAACAAGGCCGCCGACCCCAGCACGUGUGAACCCACGACGUGCCAAGCACCCGACUCCAAGGAGGUGUGCACUUACCACGGAACUUGCACGUACAAGAAUAAGAAGAAAAUCACCAAGCGUAGGUGUAUGUGCUACGCUGGUUUCGAGGGUGACAAGUGCGAGAAGGAGGUUUCGAAUGCUUGUGACGUGGACUGCGGUACUGGUGGUGACUGCGUGGACGGUGAGUGCGUGUGCAAGGAAGGUUUCGACGGCAAGGAGUACGACGGCAAAAAGGGCAAGCCCAACCAGCGUUGCACGCUCUGCACGAACGACCUGGCUUGUCAGAAUGGUAACACAUGCAACACCGAGACGGGUAAGUGCAUCUGCGGCCCUGGCUACAGCGGUGACACGUGCGGUGCCACGGAGGACUCGUGCACGACCCGUACGGAUUGCGGCAUUGGUGCCUGCCAGGUGCUGGCAAACGGGUCUUCUGCUUGCUACUGCCCCAUGUGCAGCCCCUCGUGCGCGCUGUGCGACAUUACCGGCAACUCUUCCUUUGAUUGCUCGACAUGCCCCUCCGACUCCGCCAUGACUAUGCAGUCUUCCAAGCUGCUGGUGUUUGCAUCGAUGUUUGUCGCGGUCAUGCUUGCCAACUUGGCUCUGUGA